UUGUCUUCCUUUUUCUUGCAGGUGAAUGAAGAACUAAUGACCGGUGUGUCCCACACCAAAGCUGUCACCACCAUCCGUAAAGCUAAAGGCCUGGUACAUCUUAUAGUGUCCAGGCCACCAGACCAGAACCCAAACACAUACCUGGCCUAUCUGCCCAUCAACUCUGACAAGUGCAAUGGAAACACAGAUCUGAGUGAAGACAGUGGAGCGAAGACUAAGCUGCCCACUCUCCGUAAUGAGAUGAAAUAUGGCGGCUUCCCUCUCAUACCACCAACAGACUAUGAAGGUGGUCCACUGGAACAGAAAAGAGAGACGGAGCACAGCGCAGAGCUUUCAGAGGACACCGACUAUGAUGGUUCUUCUUUACCUGAAGACUCCCCUGAGAGUUCCCGGAAAGUGGAGUGGAAUGAGGAGAGUGUGGACGAUCCAAGGAGCGAAAACUAUCUGCAAAUGAGUGCUGGGCAGCCAGAGGAAGAUGAAAUCACAUGGGGAAGUGAUGAUCUGCCUAUUGAAAACAUGAACUCCACAUCAAGAGAUGAUGGGCCAGUCAUCACAGAGGAUGAGCUGACCUCUUUGCCCCUCGUCAAGGUGGUCCCUGAUGGCCAGUACACAGGACCAAAGCUCAACACUGUGGUCCGCAUGAUGAGGGGCCUUCUAGAGCAGAAGGUCCCGCUGCAGGAGUUUGAAAAUCUUCAGAAUCUACAGCCACUGGACGACUGUUUAAUAGGUCAGACGAAGGAGAACAAGAAGAAGAAUCGCUACAAGAAUAUUGUUCCCUUUGACACAACUCGAGUUAUGCUGGGCAAAGACGGGGGCUACAUCAAUGCCAACUUCAUCAAGAUGUCAGUGAAGGAUGAAAACUAUAUGUACAUUGCGUGUCAGGGUCCCUUACCCACCACUCUGGGUGACUUUUGGCAAAUGGUCUGGGAGCAGAAGUCUAAUGUUAUCGCCAUGAUGACCCAGGAAGUGGAAGGAGGGAAAGUGAAAUGUCAGCGGUACUGGCCAGACACACCAAGGACAGCAGAGAUCGUGGGAGACAGGUUACAGAUCACGCUGAUCAAAGACCAAUAUCUCGACAACUUUGUAAUCCGAAUCAUUGAGGUCAAAGAUAUCCAGACCAAUGAAAUACAGCGUGUAACUCAUCUGAACUACACGGGAUGGCCGGACCACGGAACGCCCUCACAACCCGAGCAGCUGCUCACUUUUAUUUCCUAUAUGAGGCACAUUCAUCGAUCAGGGCCCAUAAUCACACACUGCAGUGCAGGCAUUGGUCGAUCAGGAACCCUCAUCUGUAUAGAUGUGGUUCUGGGUCUCAUCAGUAAAGACGCUGAUUUUGAUAUUUCAGAUGUCGUAAGGAACAUGAGACUUCAGAGACAGGGAAUGGUCCAGACAGAGGACCAAUAUAUUUUCUGCUAUCAAGUGAUCCUCUACGUCCUCAGAUGCCUUCAAGCAGAGGAAAACAUCUCAGGAUAGUAGAAACCACAUAUUGUCGUCAUGUAGAUGUUGGGUGACUGUUUCACAAGAGCAAAACAAAAAUGGAGGAAAGUUGACACAGGCAGAAAUUGCCAAAUUACACUACAUGUUUUUAAAAUGCCUUAAAAUAUUCAAAUCCUUGAGAGUAAAAAUCCUUUUUAAGAAGUCUAUAUUUUUAUGUUUGCUUUUUGAGUUCUCUCUCUUUGGCUGCUACUACCUUUCAAUGCAUUUAUGAGAACUGCUGUUUGUAUUGUCACCUACAAGAGAACACCCUCCCCCCUCUUUGGAUAGUCUAAAAUAAUUAUGAAAGUGAUUUCAUAUUUUAUGUCGAACAAAAUUGUACUUGUGUAUUUUGAAUCCUAUUUUGAUGCUGGAACAUGCCUUGACAGAAUACUAUGUCAGUAUUUGCUUUGUAAAUCUAUUAUACAGUACUUGCUUACUGCUUUGAGGUAAAUGAUGAAAUUAAAAGUGUACAUAUUCAUCUCCUGAAAAUUAAACUGGAUACAUUUUAAAUGUUA